AGAGGUUGCUCUGGUGAUGGUUGUUAUGGCGAUCGAAGACGCGGCGACCGAGGAGCCUGAGGCCCUUCUCAAGUAAGAGCGGGAAUCGCGCGUGUAGAUGGAAAGCAUCAUUGGAGACCGAGAAUGGGGUAGUUCAGAAAAGGAAUCGAAAGGAAGAAGCGGCUGAAUCGGGCGCAAAAUUGAAUUUUCUUUCAGGGAGCCGGGAAGGAGCCAAUUUCAAAUAAUCCAGCUCGAGUCCUAUGAUGGACGUGAUUUACCAGUGCCUUUUUCCGCGUUGUUUUUUCAGACUAAGGUCUCUAGCCUUAAUCUACAGCACUAGGAUUUGCAAAUGAUAAGUAGAUCUCGGUCUAGCAAGAUUUUGGGGUUCAACAAAGGUCUGUAAAGCUUUGCUUGGUGGACGUUUACAAUUUGGAGAAUGUUACAAACUUUCAAUGGGUGUGAUAAAUCUAGGAAGUUGGAGUGAUUUGAAAGGAAUAAUAUCAAUAUAGUACAUAAUAAUAGAUCAGGUAACUUACAGGUGAAAGGCACUUGACUACCUAGCUGUUUAAAGAGCUGAAAAUAUUCAGUGAUAUAUUGUAAUCAGAAACUAGCAUUUGAUAAAGGAAGGGCUCGCAGAAUUGGCUAGCAACUCCUGCUACCGGUAGCAGCUUUUUCUAUUGUGAUCUAAUCCAUAUUUGCAACUUGCUGAAUUAAUUGCUGCAGCUAUUUUCACAUGUUGGACGGAUCCAUAAUUUACUGUUCUCCAAAUUAAAUAGUCAUUGGUUUUUAGGGAAUAAAGAAGAGAGUAAAGUGUCUCAGCUCUCAAUUUUAGACAGAAUGCACAAACCCAUAAUUUCUAAAUAAAAAUGUUUCUCAUAUUUAUUCUUUCCCAUUCCCACUCCUAUCUCAAAGCAUUCUUUAUUCUAUUAUUUUUCUGUAUUUUUUCCUUUUAUUGUACAUAAAUUAGCAAAGUUAUUCCUAAGGCUCUUUUUAACAUUCAGAACAUUUUCUACCACCCCAUUUAAAUCUUUAUGUUUUGCUAAACAAAUCCAAACAAAGUCAUGUGCUUUAGCCACUCACCAUUCAUAUUUUGGAAUGACUGAGCUCUAUAGAUGAAUAUCUGUAUAAGAAAGAAAGAAGAAAAAAUGAUAACCACCCACUAGUUUAGUUUUGACUUAUUUUUAUAACAUGUCAAUUUUUCUUAUGAUUUUCUAAAAAAAUCAAUUUAAUGGGAUAAAGAAAUCUAGUGGGUAUCAAAGACGUAUUUCUAGUCACACCAGGAAUGGCUGCCUGGUCCUAUCCAAGGUACUGUGGCAGUGGUGGGUUGCCCCUGGUUAGGACCGGUUCUAUAGAACCGGUAGUAAAACUGAUGGGAGGCUCCGCCCACUGACCCUGACAUCAUCAGAAGUGAUAUGUGCAGAAACGAGCACGUGUGCGCAAUCCUGUUGCGAACCGGUAGUAAAGGUGAGAAAGUGGAAAAAAUAUAAGAACUUAAGAAGUCCUCAGUUUAGAAGAAUUCUCUUGCCUUCAUGUCAUACUCCACAUGUCCAGGGCGUACUGGAUUGCCCCUGACAGUACUGCGAUGGCUUCAGAGUCUUGAUCUCACUUUUUCACCAAAGAACUUCCGUAGGGAUUUUUCAAAUGGCUACCUUAUUGCUGAGAUAUUCUCUCGGUACUUCGCAGAAGACAUUCAUAUGCAUUCCUUUGUCAAUGGAACCUCCCUAAGUGUCAAACUCAGUAACUGGGCACUGCUUGAAAAGUUUUUUACAAAAAGAAAUCUGAAGCCUAUACGAGAGUUAAUAGAUGGGACAAUUCAUUGUAAACCAGGAGCUGCAGAAAUAUUUGUACAAGAUAUUUAUACAAUGCUGACAGACAGUCGUAUAAAACAUAUUCAAGAUGAAGAGAUUGAUUUUACUGAUCGUAUUUAUCAGGACAAUUUACCACUGGUUGCUAGAUCAACUGCUUCAAGGGCUAUUAAAAACAAUAUCACUAUGUCAGAAAUGAUGGCAGAACCUGAUAUUUAUAAAAAUAAACAGAAAGUAAAUGCUAUCCUUGAUAUACAUAGGCAGCGAAGGUUAAUGGAGAGGGAACAACAUCCAUCACGGUUUGGUAUUAAACCAACACUGGGACAACGUGCCAUUGAUCACUCUUCUAUUUUGGCUCGUUCGUUCGGUACAACUAAUCUUCCAAAGGAAAAAUCUGUUCCUGUGCCAAAUAGUGUACCAUCCACACAAAUCAGAGGUAAAACAGAUGUUCAUUUCAAAACUAUUCAAGUGAAACAGCCUGAGAAAUUCGCAUUUGAUGUGAACAUGAAUACUGAAGUUUCAGGUACACAUUUUAAAGAACUACAGAGAAGAAAUUCAGAAAUACAAAAGAAGAUUUAUAAUCAAAUAUGAGUCCUAUUUUGAGAAACAUGAACCUUACAGAUAAGCCAGUAAAGAAUUAAUACUGACAUCAAAGACAUAUUGUUAACAUGGUAUUUACACAGGCAGAAGAAAAUGCAAUAAAUCAAAAUCAUUUUAUCCAUUCCAUUACUGGAAGUUUACCUCCUUGUCAUGCUAUAAUGUAAAUUUUUAUUAUACAGUCAUGCAGAACCUAGAAAUCUUAAAUCAAUAUAAUUUUAAUAAAAUGAAUCAGCUCCAA